AUGUGGACGACUGAGAAGCCCAAAGAUGAGACGCUCAGUGAGCAAAUCUUUCGGGAUGCCCUGAAGAGAACGCAGGAGGCGCGGUUGAAAGUGCAAGAAGAUGCUGCACAGCUUCAAACUGUGAGGCUCAGUUUGAAGCUCAAGAGCUGGCUGCCCGCGAGCAGGCUCAGCUUCAAGCUCAAGAGCUGGCUGCCCGUGAGCAAGAGCUGGCUGCCCGUGAGCAGGCUCAGCUUCAAGCUCAAGAGCUGGCUGCUCGUGAGCAAGAGCUGGCUGCCCGUGAGCAGGCUCAGCUUCAAGCUCAAGAGCUGGCUGCGCGUGAGCAAGAGCUGGCUGCCCGUGAGCAGGCUCAGCUUCAAGCUCAAGAGCUGGCUGCCCGUGAGCAAGAGCUGGCUGCCCGUGAACAGGCUCAGCUUCAAGCUCAAGAGCUGGCUGCCCGUGAGCAGAAAGCUUAAGCACUGGCUGCCCGCGAACAAGUUCUGCUUAAAGCCGAAGAGCUUGUCCGCGAGCAGGCGAGCCCUUGCAGAGGCGGAGACAGUUCCGGCUGUGCCAAACAAGGUGCCAAUGACGCCUACAGAGUCUGGCCCUGACUGGUCAGAUGGCAGUGUGAACGCUCAGCUUGAAGCUGCGCCGUGCUCCGAAAACUCCCGCAACCACGGCGCUGGGCACGAAG